AUGCCGGGAACAUGUGAUGCUAAGGUAUUCGCCUCAAGAUAUUUGGGCUUUUUUUGACAGAGGGUGAAAAAGGAUCUAGUGGUGACAAUGGAAUUAUUGCGUUAAAAGAUUACAAGAUUUACACUCGUUAUUAUCUUUUGUAAUAGUAAACUUUAUUACAAUAAGCCAAAUUAAUUUAAUCACCAGUCCUUUAGGCAAUAGUAGAAUUGUAUUUAAAAAUAUGAUAAAAUGAAGUUCCCAGAUCAUCAUUACUGUCAUUUUGAACGGCUGUAUUCCCGCCCUUAAGUGCUUUUCCAUGGAAAAAGUCGUUUUGGAAAUAUUCGGUGUCCAUUUCUGAGAGGUGUCCGUGUUUAUUAAAUGUGCUUUUAGGAAAAUGACUGAACUACAUCAGGGACCAACACUUGGUGACACUUGGUGUCCGAUUUUGGGAGAUGCUAUUUGCUAUUUAAAAAAACAAUAACUGUUUAGAGAGUGUUUCAUAAAUAACUACAUCAGCAGAUUGUUAGUUUUGUAAUUAAAUUGUAUUUUGUUGUCGUUAUUUUGUGUUUUAGAGCCUAUCUUCCAGCAAAUCAAGGUGCUGUUCAACCAGUAAGAACAUUUUAUCAUUUAUUACUGUCGUCUAUGAUAUACAUUGAUUUAUUGGAAUUAGAAAAAUUUCCGAAUUUUAAUUUUAUAAAAACGUGGCUUCCUUACACUGAAAUUGCAAGACCAGAGCACAUAAGUAACCUUCCUUUGUUGUUUUUUUCUGUCGUGAAGUAUUUUGACUUAUCCUUAAAGCUGCAUUUUUCUUUUAUUGGGUGGGUCAGGGUUACGCAGGAUUAUGUUCACUUGAUGUUUUCCUGUUUUAAUCUUAUGUUUUCACUCGUACUUGAAAUUUGCUUGGCUUUCAAAUUCACUUAAUUCCAUUUCUGAAAUAUUUUUGACAUGCCUUGUCAGAAGUGAGUUUUAUACUGGAAGUCGUGUUUGUGAGUUCAGAGCUGACUUAGGGUAUUAAGUCUUGCUGAAGUAGUUCCUGUUUGGGUUCGUUAACCAAAGCUGUUAGUUUUCAAUUGGGUCGCAGCUUCUUGCCGAUCGCAGCCGUUUAGGCCCAGAGAUAGCAAAACAUUACCCACAUUGAGUUUGCCAGCCUUCUUUUAUUCUCACGGUCAGCAAACCCAAACAUCACCAGGUUUGGCUAUAAAAGGCUCUACUAUUUGGAUUGUUAGCUAGUAGGAGUAGGAGUAGGAGUAGGAGUAGGAGUAGGAGUAGGAGUAGGAGUUAUUAGUGAUUAGUAGGAACAAGUAGAAGCUAAAGAAGAAUAAGGAAGUGAGAAGAUGUAAAAGGAGAUUUCGGGUCCCUUUACCAGGGUCUGGAUGGGGUUAACUGACAAAUGGCCGAAAAUUUAACUGACAACUGACAUUUACCUUGGGUUUUACUGUCAGCUGACAAAAGGACCUGAUUGUCCCUUAUUUUCUACAAAACCCGUUUUUAAGGCCUCAAAAUAGCAUUGUUCCACUCUUUUCAUCAGACAAUAUGAUCAAAUGUGCGUUUUUAAGGGUAAUCUUAGCAGCAAGACGCUUAAUUAUAAGUGUCAUAUUUCGUUAAUAAUUUUGCUGUAAACCUCAUUUGUGUCAUGUACCAUCUGUUGUAAAUGACCUAUGAUCUCAAAUUUACGCUCCUCUGAGAACGCGACAGCAUCCGAUGGCUGCUCAGAAUGAGGGCGUUACACAGGCAAUUGGCAGUUUUUACUGAGAUGAUUCAGAGCUGGCCGUUUUUCUUGGUCUUCUUACGAUCUACGUCUCAAUAUUAUACCUGCCAACUUUUUCUAAGUCAAAUGCGUGAGAUUUUCACCUUGUCAUGACGGAGAUUUCCGUAAACGUCCCGGCGACUUCCGAAGAUUUUGGACGAAUUUCCGAAGACUUCCGAACGUUGCCAAAACUUAAAUGUCCGCAGAUGUUCCCGAAGACGUUUGAGCACUGCCGAAGCUACUUAAAAGACGACACCUUUAGCGAGCUUUGAUAUGAUUUCGUUAGAAUACAAAAAAGGACACAAAGUCAUCAUGUGUUAAGAACAAUUUGUCAGGAUUUAUGAGUCAGGCGUGAGAAAUUGUCCUUGAUGCGUAAUGUCGAUGUCUUUAGUCUACAGGCGUUAUAAGACUCACGCAUAAUGCGUAUACAAUAUUCCGAAGGGAUAAUUUUGAUUGGCUUAAUGGUUGGCAAUAUUAGACACUGGCCAGCCAAAACUUUCGAGGGGAGGGGAGUAACACGAGACUUGAGAAAAGGAGGGCCAAUUGAAAUGCUUACAACAUGUACAAUAGCAAAACUGAUGAAAAUUAAGGUACUAUGGCAUCAGUUUUCGAAUUUAAUGUUUAAUUUACAUUAUAUGUGCCUUUUAAGCCAAAUUUCGCGUCAAAAAUAUACAAAUAAGUUUCAAAGUUAAUCAUUAAUAACCAUUUAACUGACAACUGGCAAAUGGCCGAAAUUUUAAGUGAAAAAGACAUUUGUACCCCCCCAUCCAGACCCUCCUUUACUCUUAUUUUAGCUGUUUUGUUCUUGUGAUUUCUUAAUAACAAAGAUUUUCAACAUUUUUUUUUCUUGUGGAAGAUUGCUCUAUUGGAUUCCACUUCUUUGAGAAAGUUCAAGAACUUCCAACUCGCGGAGCAGUAGAUGUGGAACAUUUCACCAUUGAUGGAAGCUUGUUUCUUGCUUUUGCCAACUAUCAUGGGGACAUUAAAAAAUACAAGACAGGUUCCAUGAUCUACAAGAUGGAUAACUCGACUGGAAGAUUGUCUUUGUACCAGACCCUGCAGACAAGAGGAGCUUUUGACCUGGAGUACUUUUCUAUCGCAAACAAACAUUUUCUUGCUGUGGCUAAUCAUUACGAUGGAACUAACCGGCUGGAUUCUACAGUCUACCAAUGGAAUGGAAAGCUGUUUGUCGACUUUCAGAAAUUGUCAACAAACGGAGCAAAUCACUUCACGUACUUCAAGAUAUACGGGGAGAAGUACCUCGCAGUAGCCAACUACCAUGACGGACGUACCACAUCCACAAAGUCAGUUAUCUACAAAUGGAGCGGUGGCAAGUUUAACAGAUUUCAAGACAUACCAACUGAAGGUGCCGUGGGAUGUACAGCGUUUGCGAUAAACGGUGACACAUUCAUCGCUUUUGCAAACUUUUACAACUCCCAACACAAGGGUUCUGUUCAGUCCAGUGUGUUCAAGUGGUCAGGAGGUCACUUUGUUAAACUGCAGUCUCUUCAGACUCAUGGAGCAUUUGAUGUCACGUCUUUUAACAUUAACACUCACACAUUCCUUGUCUUUGCCAACCGCCACUCUGGAAGUAAACACAACACCGACUCCUUCGUUUAG